AUGUCCCAGCCAGUCCAAUACCGUGAACUUGUGACCAGCCCAAUUCAUCGAUCACCUCAGGUCGAUGCUACAAGGAUCAUUCAGCCGUCAGCCCAGUACCUGGAAAGGACAUGCCUCCAGGCACACUUCGGGCGACUGAUGACAGCUUCAGGCUAUGAUGGACUGCCACCUUCCAGCCCAUCUUGUAUCAACGCACACGUCGCCAAUGUCUCACGAGAGUUGGGAAUUGAUUAG